GCUCCAAUACCUGGACGUUUCGCGCAUUCCAGACGUCCAUGCUAACCUCAGACGGGCAUUUUUGUCGAAGAAAACGCUCCCGCUGUCUUGGAGGAAGACACAAAUUCAAAAAAUCAAACAAUGCCUGAUAGAAAACUGGGACACCGUACGUGCUGAGAUAGCAUACAGAGGAUGCACUUAGACGUUUUCACCGGAAGCCGAUACGGAUUGGUGAUAUUCUCCAUGCCAGAUAUGUCUAAUGAGUCUUUUUUUUCGAUACUGCGAGUCGGCACUUUUAGUAUUUCGAAGCAGCCAAACACGACUUGAAACAGACGCAACUGAUCGCGAGGGUACAUCAGAUCGUGGAGAGGACUAAGUGAUUAACAAAAGGCAAGCAGAAUGCUAAUCCUCAGAAUUUAGCUUGAAUUUUCACAAUGUAUAGAAGAAUGUGAUUACAUGAUAAAGAAUUUGUAUUCGUUGGCGGAGAAACAAAAAUGUCCUAUCCCGCCUGUCCUAUUUCCUGCAUCUGGAUUUACUAUCUUCGAACCAUAUGGAGUGGUCUUGGUUAUAUCGCCGUGGAAUUACCCACUGCAGCUGUCUAUACUACCACUGAUCGGUUCGUCUCAUCUCAAACUGUUUAGAUGUCUUUUUGCGUGCUGCAGCGUGCCAUCGCAGCUGGGAACUGCGUGUUGCUGAAGCCAAGUGAACUCUCUCCAGCUACAAGCACAUGGAUAUUGGAUUACAUGUCAAAGUAUGUAGAUAAAGAAUGCUUUCAAGUUGUUUUGGGCGCGGUGGAGGAGACAAGCGCACUUCUGAAGCUGCCGUGGAAUUAUAUAUUUUACACAGGAGGUGGACGUGUAGGACGUAUCAUAGCUCAUGCCGCGGCGGAACACCUGACUCCGACCACAUUGGAGCUAGGAGGAAGGAACCCAGUAAUCUUAGAUCGAGGCAUCGACUUGGAUGUUUCUAUAAAAAGAUUAGUCUUGGCUAAAUUCGUCAACUGCGGACAGACAUGUGUCGCUCCAAAUCACGUCUAUGUUCAUGAAAGUAUGAUAGAAGAGGUAAUAGAAACAGUCAAGAAUGUCAUUGUCGAAUUUUAUACCGAUGAUCCGCAAAAAUCCUCCGAUUACUCUAGAAUCAUCACAAAAGACCAUCUUAAGCACCUUCAAACGUUUCUAGAUCCGCUUGACCCUUCUACAAUCGUCUUUGGAAAUGUAGUUGAUUUAGAUGAUCUUUACUUCUCACCCACACUUGUGCUCAACCCUCCAAAGGACGCUUCCAUCUCUCAAGAAGAAAUCUUUGGUCCUAUCCUGCCAUUUUAUUCUUACUCAGAUCUCUCCUCUCUUAUUGAUACGGAUCUCCAGGAACGUUCUCUGGUGAUAUGCGCAUUCACAAAUGACGCUGCCUUGCAAAAAAGACUCAUUAGUGAAACCAGCUCCGGUACCCUUUCUAUCAAUGAUGCUCUCACCCACGUCACCUGUAGAGAACUUCCAUUCGGCGGCGUUGGGUCGUCAGGCUAUGGACAAUAUUACGGCAAAUACAGCUUCGAAACAUUCUCUCAUCGAAAAUCCGUUCUUCAUAACUCACAACGUUUCCAAUUAGAUCUAAGAUCCCCUCCCUUUACUCAGCAAAAAAUCGAUUGGAUCCUUCGACUUAAAAAACUGUCUAUUCCUAUGCAUUGGUUUCUUAGCAUCUUAACAUUUCUCUCUGUCUUCACUUACAUUAUAAUAUAAUAAAAACUUUCAAAUUUCCUCUACGUUAGUGUUCUUGAAAUACCCUUCUCUUUCCAACGCUUUCGCUGCUAUCCUCUCUUCUCAAAUGUGCGCACAUCUAGCUCUUGCAUAUAUACAUUCUUAAAGCUCCAAACGCCCAUCACACCUUUGAAAAUAACUCCCUUCAAAUCCUGACCUGCGCCCCCUCCAACUUCGCCCUUGCGUUCUCUAAAUUUUCUAGUACUCGGAAAAAUUGUUCCAACGUCAAUUCAAACGCCACACACCUUAGGCCAUAACUCGUCUCAACAACCAAUCUCAACUGAACCGACAAACCAUUCAAACUUUUCAGCUCGGAACUCGCCGCAGAAACCACAAUCCUAGACUCAAAAUCCACCAGCCUGUUCGUACGUAACACGCGCGAUACGCCCUCCGAUUCAUAUCUCCGAUAACUCUCCAAAAGCAAUCUCACUUUUUCUGCACUCAAUCUCAACGAUUCCAGCUCUUUCGACCACUCACUCUCCAAAAUGCCACCUUCGCACAACUUCUCGUCCAAAUAGUAAACACUAAAAUAAGUCAAGGCGCAAAAAAAAAUUUCAUCGGCCUCCUUGCAUAGCGUUGCUCUCUCACACGCAUACACGCUUUCACAAAGUCUAAUGUACAAAUUAUCACACACCUAUACUACACAUGCCAAUGUCUUCCCCCCCCACGCACAACAUCAUCUACAACCACAUACAUAUAAAACACCAGCGGUGCACAUGCGCCGUUACAUCGUCAUGUAUCACUACCAUCAUACACAUAAUAUACACACACUACAAUACGCUCACCUGCAU